AUGGCACCUCCAGGCGAAAAAGAUAUUUCAAUUCUUUUAGCAACAAUGCGACCAAGCCUAGACCCCACAACCUACAUCUUCCUCACAACCAAAUCACCCCCUCCAUUCACUACCCCUCUCGAAACUCCAGCCGCAACUGAUUGUGCAAGAAGAAGAGGGCAUACCGAUCGUGACGACAGAAAACCCUCGCCACGUCACAUGGCUUUGACGAGGCAACGUUUCCAUGCAAGAAGAUCUCUCUUACUAUCCACUUCAGCCUGGAAGCGGUCGGCUUGA